GCCCCUAUCAGUUUACUACCCGCUCCCUCGUGUUCUUUUGGCCUCUUCAUUAUACCUUAGUUUUCUAUUGCUGUGACAUAGUCGUGGUGAUACUUCAACAUUAACCCGAAUCUCAAAGAAGCUAGCAGCCAACUGUUAUAUGAGUCUUAAGCAACAAAAACCUACUCUCAGUGGUCAGCGGAUCAAAACCCGCAAGAGAGACGAAAAAGAAAAGCAGGACCCAUUAGCUUUUCGAGAUGUCAUAAUAUCUGGACUGAAUGAAAAACCAGUUGAUGAUUUAGAACAGAUAGCAAAAUUCCUUGAUAUCUCCGGGGGCAAGCAAAACUACCGGCUGUAUGGAGAAUAUCUUUUUGAUAUUCUAUUUGCAGGUGGAAUUUUAGCACCCGGAGGAAGCAUCGUUGAAGAUGGGAAUCCAAAAACAUGCAGGACAAAAGUUUGCAUUUUUGAAGCAGAGGAAGAUCCUGAGAAAAUAAGAAAAUAUGUGCAGAUGCUGAACAAGCUGAUAUGCCGCUACAGGUAUCUGCAAAAGGCAUUUGAAGAUGAGAUGCAGAAGAUCCUCUUGUUCCUCAAGGGAUUUUCUGAGGCACAAAGAAAGAAGCUUGCCAUAGCAGCUGGCAUUAUCUUGGCUAAUGGCAUGUCCCCAGCUACAACCCUGAACAGCUUGUUUAAUGAUCAGCUUAUUAAAGAAGGGAUUGCCCUAGACUUUGUCACCGACCUUUUUGCAGCAUGGGUCAAAGAGAAGGACUUUAACAGUCUUAGUAUGGCCCUGAAAAAGGCUGAACUGGAAAACAAGCUACUGGACUUUUUCCCGCCAAACAAGAAGACUCUUGAGCACUUUGAGGCCCACUUCACAGAGCAUGGUUUGAAUAAGCUGAUAACAUUUCAGAGAGCCAGGGAAAGUGUAGUGUCCAAGAAACAGUUCCAGGCAAACAUCAAAGAGAUGCUCAAUACAGGAAGCCCAGUGAAAGAGAUCAUUGUUUCUUUAAAGGAUGAGAGGAAAAAGUAUAGCAUACCUGAAGAAGAUGCAGUUUUCUUAAUAUGGAAGGCUAUCAUGCAGGAGGUGGAAUGGAACAAAAAGGAAGAAAUUGUGGCAGAUCAAGCUUUGCGUCAUUUGAAAACCUAUUCUCCCCUUUUUGCUGAAUUUACCACUACUGCCAAGUCUGAAGAGAGCCUCCUGAUCAAGAUUCAGGAAUACUGUUAUGAGAACAUGAACUUCAUGAAGGUGUUCCAGAAAAUUAUUCUGCUGUUUUACAAAACUGAUGUUUUGAGUGAAGACUCCAUCAUCAAAUGGUACAAUGGAGCACACUCUUCCAAGGGCAAAAGCGUCUUCCUUGAGCAGAUGAAAAAAAUGGUUGAGUGGCUCAAAAGUGCUGAGGAAGAGUCUGGUUCCGAAGAUGAAGAAGAUGAAAACUAGAGUGAACAAUAAUUAUAAAGAAAUCAUUAUUUUGUUGUGACUGAAAAAAAAACUUGUGUCAUAUUAUGUAAUAACUGUGUAUAAACCUGUAUAUUUAGAGCACCUGCAGUAAAACCAUGACUAAAUAAUGACUAAACAAAUAGUUUUCUAUCUACUUACUAUUUUGUCAGUAUCAACUUUGUUUUUAUUUCAUGGUUUCACUGAAUGCGCUCUAGGAAAGCGCAUGUAUAAUUUCAAGUAAUGAUCUGUUAAAAGCCUAUGUAUUAGUCCAUAAUAAACAAAACAUUUUACCCAGAGUCUAUU